AUGCCUGGUCGCACAGCGGAACCCACCGAUCGCUUUCAGGCUCUCGUUCAAGCGCUGAGCGAUAAGCUCGGUCCGUGCAGCGGUAUUGAUAGCGAUGAUGUCGACGAGAAAGAACUACAACAACUGAUGGAGGACUACAUCUCGGAUGAGUCGGAAUGGGAGAAGUACUCGAUGGCACAACCGAAUACAGCAUACACACGGAACCUGGUUGACAAGGGCAACGGCAAAAGCAACUUGCUGCUACUAGUGUGGGCACCCGGCAGGGCCAGCCCUAUUCAUGACCAUGCAAACGCGCACUGCAUCAUGAAGAUCCUCAAGGGUAGCCUCACCGAGACACGCUACGCAUGGCCUACCGUCGACCUCAACAACUCCGAGGACCGUCACAUGCAGGUCAUCUCCGAGAAGACGUACCAGGCCGAUCAAGUCACGUACAUGUCUGACAAGCUGGGUCUCCACCGCAUCUCCAACCCAGACAAGGACAACUACGCUGUCUCCCUGCACUUGUACACCCCGCCUAAUGCAGCAGUAUAUGGCUGCAACGUCUUCAACGAAGCGAACGGGCGCUCAACGCACAUGGCCAAGUGCACCGUCUUCUCCGAGUACGGGUCGCAGGUUUGCGAGGCGCGGUUCUAG